AUGGAAGAGGAGGACCCAGGAGGACCUGGAACUAAUGAGACAGCAAGCAAGGGCCCCCACCCCAUUGAAGCUGAGAGUGGCAUUGACUUCUGGAAAAGAGCUGAGCCGCAGAUCCUGGCUAAGGGCACUAUAACAUCAGAUGCGUUGAGACCCUCUGUGAAGACAGAAGCCACAGUCUCUGAUGCGGAAGGAGCUCCUUCCGAGGAAGGCCGAAGGGCACAGGGUGUGGAGCAUGCCCAGGAUGCCCUCCCCAGUGCUCCGUGGCUUCUAGCGCUGCCUCAGUGCCCUCGCCCAGCCUCCGCCUCUUUGAGGGGGCGGGAAGACGAGCCGGUGGAGCAGAGACAGCAUCGCUUGGCCAGCAUGAUAUGCGAGAUCGCCGCGGCUGUGGGCUUCAUCUCCAAGUUCCUGUGCUCCAAGGAACUGAUGAAUGAGUGGCAGUUGCAAACGUUCAGCCAGAGCCGGCAACAUCAGAGAACCCAUACAGGGGAAAAACCUUUUGAAUGUUCAAAGUGUGGAAAGAGAUUCAGUCGGAGUGACAAUCUACAGAAGCAUCAGAGAACUCACACAGGGGAGAAACCUUUUGAAUGCUCAGAGUGUGGAAAGAGAUUCAGUGAGAGGAGGACUCUUAAAUCGCAUCAGAGAAUCCACACAGGGGAGAAGCCUUUUGAAUGCGCUGAGUGUGGAAAGAGAUUCAAUGAGAGGGGGACUCUUAAAUCACAUCAGAGAAUCCACACAGGGGAGAAACCUUUUGAAUGUGCUGAGUGUGGAAAGAGAUUCAGUGAGAGGGGGACUCUUAAAUCACAUCAGAGAAUCCACACCGGGGAGAAACCUUAUAAAUGCUUAGAGUGUGGAAAGAGAUUCAGUGAGAGGGGGGCUCUUAAAUCACAUCAGAGAAUCCACACAGGGGAGAAACCUUUUGAAUGCUUAGCGUGCGGAAAGAGAUUCAAUGAGAGGGGGACUCUUAAAUCACAUCAGAGAAUCCACACAGGGGAGAAACCUUUUGAAUGCUUAGCGUGUAAAAAGAGAUUCCGUAAGCGGGAGACUCUUAAAUCACAUCAGAGAACCCACACAGGGGAGAAACCUUUUAAAUGCUCAGAGUGUGGAAAGAGAUUCAGUCAUAGUAGCAAUGUUCAAAAGCAUCAGAGAACCCACACAGGGGAGAAACCUUUUGAAUGCUCAGAGUGUGGAAAGAGAUUCAGUCAUAGUGGCGGUCUUCGCAUACAUCAGAGAACCCACACAGGGGAGAAACCUUUUGAAUGCUCAGAGUGUGGGAAGCGAUUCAGUCGGAAUGACCACCUUCAAGUGCACCAAGGAACCCACACAAGGGAGAAACCUUUUCAGUGCUCAGAGUGUGGAAAGAGAUUCGGUCAGAAUGACCACCUUCAACAGCAUCAGAGAACUCACACGGGGGAAGCAUUGGAAUGUUCAGAAUGUGCAAGAUGA